UCACCAGUGCCAUAAUAGAAACUAGCACCUCACCAGUCACUACCGCCUCCCCGGUCACUAGUGCCACAGUGGUCACUAACACCCCAUUAGUCACUACCGCCUCGCUGGUCACUACAACCUCACUGGUCACUACCACCUCACCGGCUACUGGCACCACAGCGGUCACUAGCUCCUCACCAGUCACUACCGCCUCCCCAGUCACUAGUGCUACAGUGGUCACUAACACCCCACUAGUCACUACUGUCUCACUGGUCACUACUGCCUCACCGGUCGCUUCCCCCAGCAAGCCGGGUCCAGCAGUUUCCUGGGCCACGCCCCCUGCAGAGUCCAGACCCACGGCCGCGGGCCCCCCGAGCGGGUCAGCCCCUUCAUUCCCCACGACCUCCCGCCUGGGCACAGGAGCCGUGUCGGCUGCGGGGACUCAGACGGCCACCCCUGGCACAGCAUGGGUGGCCACCUCACAGGCUGCUGGUCCUUGGACACAGGCCAGCGCCGCGGUCACAGCGUGGACGCUCUCUUCGGCCGAACCAGAGACCACAGGCUCGCCGGCCGCCCCGUCCAGUGCAGAGGCGGGCACACUCUUGGCUGGCUCCCCGGCUGCUCCGCACGGCCUGGCGCCCACAGCCUCGCUGCCCACCCAGCCUGGAGACCAGCACAGCGGUGUCCACGUCACCUCCUCUGGGGAAGGCAGAGGCCAGCACAAGCCGCCCGGUCCUGGCCCUGACCACUUCCCCUGGGACGCGCCCCCCCACCGGAACCCCCGCAACAGCCAGUGCGCCUCAGACUGGACCUUCUAG